GUGAAGUUUGAAUUCUAGGAGCCGCUAUCAGCUGUUGUUUACGUUUGUGGAAUCGGCUGGUGAGGAGAUGUCUGUGUAGUUUGUUUAUUAUUUCACGUCGGACACUGACACUUCAUUACACUACACAAAGAGAAGUGAUUCCGAGUCGAUUCAAUGGGUGCCGUGGAGAGCACCGAGAGAGAGAGAGAAAGGGAGAGAGAAAGAGAGAGGGAGAGACAGAGGGAGAGAGAGCCGCUGCUCGGGCCGAGCCAAGCCGGAGUGAGGAUCCAGCCAGUGAGCGGCAGCGGCAGGGUGUACGGGCGAAGAUGGCUGGUGUUAUGCUUGUUCUCAAUGCUCGCCUUUUUACAAGGGAUGGUGUGGAACACAUGGGGUCCCAUCCAAAACUCUGCCAAGCAUGCUUUCGGCUUCUCAUCUACGGACAUUGCCAUUUUAGUCCUUUGGGGACCCGUGGGCUUCUUGCCAUGGCUCCUGUUUGUGUGGCUGAUGGACAAGAAAGGGUUGCGGGCCUCUCUCCUGCUCACAGUCUUCUUCAUGGUGUUGGGCUCCGCUCUGCGCAGUGUCCCUCUCUCAAACCUGCAGCUCAGACGCUGGUUAAUUCAUGGUGGGCAGCUUCUUAAUGGUUUAGCCGGUCCAACCCUUAUGAGUGCUGGCCCUCUACUCUCCACUACAUGGUUUGCUCCAGAUCAAAGGGCUACAGCCACAGCUGUCGCAUCAUUGGUCGGCUACCUUGGAGCAGCCUGCUCCUUCCUGAUUGGUCCUCUGGCUGUACCAGCACCCAAUGAUACACAAAUAGUGGAAAGCAUCACCCACUGGGACCCAGGACACAUCAGGGACAGGAUACAGUUUGUUCUCUAUACAGAAUUGGGGAUGAUUGCAGUCCUCUUUGCAGUCGUGCUGCUCUAUUUCCCAUCCAGGCCGCCCAUUCCACCCAGCAUAGCAGCAGCUAGCCAGCGACUCAGCUACAGAAGCAGCAUCUGCAGAUUGCUGAGUAACAUGAGGUUCCUGAUGAUCGCGCUUGCCUAUUCAGUGCCUACAGGAGUUGUAGCUGGAUGGUCUGGUGUGUUGGACAUGAUUCUGACUCCUGUCAGAGUUAGCCAGGUAGAUGCAGGAUGGAUAGGCUUUUGGUCUAUUGUUGGAGGCUGUGUGUUUGGAGUAGCCAUGGCAAGGUUUGCUGACUCUAUCAGGGGAAUGCUGAAGCUGAUUGCGGUGCUGAUGCUGGCUGGAGCCUCACUGGCAGCCACUUGGUUCACACUCACCUGCCUGACCAGACUUACUCACCUGCCCUCCACUAAAGCCACACUUUAUACCUCCUGUAUCCUGGUGGGCAUCUUCAUCAACAGCAGCGUUCCCAUCUUCUUCGAGCUUUUCAUAGAGACGGUUUAUCCUGUGCCAGAGGGCAUCACCUGCGGUGUGGUCACCUUCCUCAGCAAUCUCUUCACAGGCCUGCUCCUUUUCUUUCUCACCUUUUACUUCACAGAGCUUUCCUGGUUGAACUGGUGUCUUACGGGUUCCUGCCUCUUCAGUCUGCUCCUCAUUCUUUUCUUCAGGGAAUCAUAUGACCGUCUCUAUCUGGAUGUCUUUGUAUCAGUCUGAGUGGGCUGUAGUAUCAGGAAAAAGACUGAGCUCUGCUGGCACCUACUUGCACAAAGAAGACAGGAAGAAAAGUGCAUAAUCUUUCUCUCAUUUCAAUGAGAAAGUUACAUAUUUCUUAGCUGGCAGUGCUUUGUGAUAGCAUUGUAAGCAAGAAAAGAAGCCAGCACCUUACCUAUAAUGGUAGUAGUAUAUGUGUUUUUUUAAUGUGUACUUGAUAUUUUGGUCGUUUUAAAUGUUCUUUUACUUGAACUAAUGGUAAUGUGUUGAUGUACAUUCACUACAUGGGUGUUGAUACUAAUAAAGGAGUUUAAGGUUGUCUCCUGCACGGCCUGCAGCAGUGAGACCUCCAGCCCUUUCCAGAUAUUUAAUAGGAGCUUUAGGGAUAAUUAUAGUCUUGCUCAAUCAUCUGCUGUCUAAAGGCUUUUUAGUAGUUUAUUGUUAUUCAUAACCAUGACAUAAACAGUGAAGGAAGUAGUUCUGUAAACGACCUGUGACAGUGCCUGUCAUGAAGUGGCCUACAUGUUACGCUCUUAUUAUGGUGAUUCCUACUUCAAAUUCACAUCCAUUGGGGUUGAAACUGCCUCUUGGUUUCAAAGCCUGUGACUGGAGUAGGAUCAUUAUGUGUAGUUCAGUGGGAGGAAUGGUCUAGAAGUUUCUUUCAGGUCUUUCUUUGGAUCAUACGGCUUCUGUCCCAGAACAGAUUCACACAUGUGCAGGAUGUGCCAUUUUCUUCAUGAGCAUAAAGCUGUUGUUUCACGGAUGCUGACAUUCACUUUUUUUUUUGGCUUUUAUGAAUUGUGCCAUUGGUGCAUGUGCUGAAGGUUUCUAUGUAAUUUAUGCAGUAGGUUUUUAUUUAUUUGACAGAUCCAAACAUGUGUAAUUUUUAAAAAGAUUAUAUGUCUGUUUAAGUACUUGACAUUAGUCAUUGCCAUAAAUGUAAGAAGGGAUACUAUAUUUUAAAAACGGACCUGUGGCUAACAUUGAAUAAUGUAGUGUGAAGACUUACGAUGGUUUUGCAUAAUGCUGACUCCUUCCAUCAUUAAUGAGCAUUUGUGUAUCCUGUCUUAGUGUAGUAGCUCAUCUUAUUAGUGAUGUGAAGAUUAUAGCUGACAGCGUAUUAGACUCUGGGUUGUUGGCUGUGUAGUUGCAGGUCCACUCACUGCCUAGCCUUUUUACUAUCUUUCCCACUAUGAGCCCUUGUUUUGAGAAAGAACUUCGGGGUAUUUUUUUUUUAGCUUUCUGUAAGGUAUAAUUUGGUUCAAAAAGUCCCAGGGCUUCAGAUUAAAGAGGGCCAAAACAAACUGUCUUACAGAGGGGAUACAAUAACUAACUCCAGAAAAUCUUCAGAGGGACCCAGUUGAUGGAUCUGUGGAUUUUUUGGGGGGCUUAAUCAGGGCCUUAAAGCACUGUUUCACUGUAAUAGUCAUAGAAAGAAAUUGUAGCUGACAACUCAUGAGCCGUAAGGUGAAAUAACUUUUGUCUUUUGCCCUCUGACUGUUUUGAUGCUUUUUUUUUUUUUUUUUUUUUUACCAACUCCAUACCUACUCACAGAGUGGUGCCACAGAGGAUUAUGCACAGCUCUGCACCUCUUUGCCUGGAUGUGAUUUUCUGUCUUUUAUGUACUAAAGGGUUGUAUCUUAACCCACUGUGAAAGGUUGCCUUAAUUAACAGUGACCUGUGCAAUUUAUUCCCCUCUCUCUUCCAUGUACUGAAGUCUGUACAAGUUGUUUCUGAGCAGAACUGCAUUUCAGACACACCCAGUGUUCAUGUACUGUUUCUCAUUUUAAUGUUAAUAAGAGGGAUUUUUAGGGAUCGGGAUCUUCUUGUCCUUGUCUUUGUUCCAGAUUCUGUAUGUGAUUUUCAGCACCUUAUUAAAAACGCAUUUUGAAAGAACAA